UCUUUUAUGUCAUUGUUCAAUUUUCUACAAUGAAGGUUAAAGAAAUUGACAGAACAGCUAAUAUAGCAUGGUCUCCAGCUGCUCAUCAUCCAAUUUACUUAGCUGCUGGAACUGCUGCUCAGCAAUUAGAUGCUACUUUUAACACUACUGCUGCUUUAGAAAUAUAUGCCCUGAACUUAACUGAACCUGGACUUGACAUGUGUAUGAAAGGCAGUGUUGUCUCUGAUUAUCGUUUCCAUAAAGUGGUUUGGGGCUGUGAAGGCAUGAAGACAUCAGAAUUGAGCAGUGGUGUGAUUGUAGGUGGUGCUGAUGAUGGCAAUAUUAUGAUUUAUGAUGCAGCCAAAUUGAUUCUGGGUGAAUCAGCUCUCAUUCACCACAAUACAAAACACACUGGACCGGUUCAUUCUCUUGAUUUUAAUAAAUUUCAAGACUGCCUAUUAGCAUCUGGUGCUACCGAAUCAGAAGUGUAUAUAUGGGAUUUGAAUAAUCCUGCUGCACCUGUAACACUUGGAGCAAAAUCUCAGCCCCCUGAAGAUGUUACGUGUGUCUCUUGGAAUUGUCAAGUGCAGCACAUCUUGGCAUCUACCUUUCCUGCUCGCUGUAUAGUUUGGGAUUUGAGAAAAAAUGAACCCAUCAUAAAAGUUUCAGACUCAUCAUCAAGGCUGAGGUGUAAAGUUGUUGCGUGGCAUCCUGAAGUUGCAACUCAACUCUGUCUUGCUUCCGAAGAUGAUCACAGUCCUGUCAUUCAGCUCUGGGAUCUAAGAUUUGCUACAUCUCCCCUCAAGACUCUAGAACAUCAUCAAAGGGGUAUAUUGUCCAUAGCUUGGUGCCAGCAAGAUCCAGAUCUCUUAUUAUCCUGUGGGAAAGAUAACAGAAUUCUGUGUUGGAAUCCAAAUUCAAGUUCCGAAAAUGGAGAGGUUCUGUGUGAGUUGCCAACUGGAAGCCAAUGGAGUUUUGAUGUUGCAUGGUGUACAAGAAAUCCAGCUGUUAUAGCAAAUUCUUCUUGUGACGGACACGUUAGUGUAUACUCUCUGAUGGGUGGACAGCAGCAAACACAAUGCAGCUCUAAGAUUGCUGAAUCAUUUCCUGGGGCUGAAAAAUUGAUUCAACCUCCAAAUGUUGAAUCCAUUCACAGGCAUAUUUCGGUCUCUUUACAGAAGCCCCCAAAAUGGGUCAGAAAGCCAGUUGGAGCAUCAUUUGGGUUUGGUGGUAAACUCGUGUCUUUCUCCACUGAGGUGACCAGUAAUACUCAGACUCAAGAUCUACCAUCCAGAAGGAUAGUACAAAUAUGUCAAGUUGUUACAGAGCCAGAACUUUUAAAAAAUUCUGAGAAAUUAGAAUCCUCUCUCGCUAAUGGAAAUCUCGUCGAGUUUUGUCAAAGCAAGGUGGAAGGAAGUCGAAACGAGCAGGAGAAACUUGUCUGGAAUUUCUUGCAGGGCAAUAAUUCAAUCCCAGGGGAUGGCUCAGAUGCUUUUGACACUAUAGCUAUGAAAAUAAAAGAUGAACCUUUACUGAUUGAAACAGAUUCAACUGUAGAUACAGAGUUAGAAAUCCCUAUGAAGGAAACGGAUGGUCUGAUAUCUCAAGCGCUUUUGACUGGCAACAUUUCAAGUGCUGUAGAAAUCUGUAUACAGGAUAAUCGAUGGGCAGAUGCUUUAGUCUUAGCUCAAGCCGGGGGACAAGAAUUACUUCAGAAAACUCAACAGCUUUAUUUCAAAUCUGUUAACACAAAUGCAUCAAAAUUAAUAUCUGCAGUAGUAACAUCAGAUUGGAUGACAAUGGUUAAAAAUUGCAACAUCAAUUGUUGGAAGGAAAUUCUUGCAGCAAUUCUUACCUAUGCUAAGCCUCAAGACUUUCCAACUUUAUGUGAAACUCUUGGUACACGUUUAGAAAAGGAUCCUAACUUGCAGCAGAAUUCAGCCCUUUGUUAUAUUAGUGCUGGUAAUUUAGAACGCCUUGCUCAGUCGUGGGUUAAAGUCAAUGACAGUUUAGAUGCUCUCCAGAACUUGAUAGAGCAGGUGAUGAUUUUACGUAAAGCUGUAGAACAGUUAUCGGGAGCGGCACCACCUCUUGAAACGGGUGUUCUAUCUUCUCUCCUUGGACAGUAUGCAGAACUACUUGCGACUCAGGGGAGUCUUAGCAGUGCAUCUACGUACUUAGUGGAUCCAAAUGAGAGAACUCUUGCAAUAUUGAGAGAUAGAAUCUAUCAAGCUUUGGGUCACCGUUCACCAAACUUUCCAUUUCAACGUGUUGAUGUGCGUCGCUCCAGUUCCAUUUCCCAGUCUCAUGUUUCUAAUGUUCAAUACCAACAGCAGCAGCAACAACAACAACCUGCCAAUCCUGUACCUACUCAAAGGCAUUCUUCUUUCUCCCAUCCUCAACAACCAAAUCAGUAUCCUUUUAGCAGUGUUCCACAAUCUCUUCCCAGUACUUAUGCUUAUCCAUCAACAAAUACUAUUCCUCAAGCAUCGUCGUAUCAACAACCUAUGGUGUCUUCACCACCACCUGGUAUGAUUCAGCCAAUGCCUACAUCAGCUCCACCUCCUUCAGCUGCAGAACCCCCACAGCCAUCUCUCAAAACUCGUCAAAAUUCAGGUGGAUCCCAUCAUUUGUCUCAGAGGUAUCCUCGACAUCUGCAUGAUCCCAGUGUGUAUUCUGAAAAUACUUAUUCUUCUCAACAGUUUUAUCAGCAGCCUCAGGCAUUUCCCUCCUCUCAGAUGAACUCUUUUCAGUCUCAAGCUCCCUUCUAUUCACCUGACGCAAGCGGUGGAGGCAAUUAUUCAUAUCCCCCUGCUAGCGUGGGAGCUUUCCAACCUCAACCCCAAUAUGGUUCUUAUCCUCCAGAUGAUGCACCCCAGGCACCUGUUUCUAAUCAAGCUCCGCCACCCGUGUCCUUGCCUAGUUCUUAUGGAGAAGUGAAACCUGGUUGGAAUGAUCCCCCACCCUUGAAACAACCUGCUGCUAAGACACUAUCUUGUGAAAAGCCUGUGUCUUCGACUUUCGAAUCUUCAGCAGCACCCAUAACGUCUCCCUUUCCUGAACUUCCAGUCAAUGAACCCCAUGUAGGCCAAACUCCUGGGGGUUAUUUUGUGCCUUCUUUCCCACCACAAAAUCCUGCUGCUGUCAUGAAUCCUGCUGCAUCAAUGGUGCCUAACACAAUGCCUCCACCCGAGGAAACAAAACAGCAGCAACAGCAUCCUGUAGAGCAACCUAAAGAGAAAGGUCCCAUUCCUCCUGAACACCAAGUUUUGCAGGAUAUUUUUGAAGAUCUUAGAAGGCAGUGUCAACAAGUUGCUACCAAUCCUCAAACUCGACGAAAAUUGGAUGAUGUUGCAAAGAAAUUAGAAAACUUGUACGAUAAACUUCGAGACAAUUCGCUUUCAAAUCCAGUAACGUUAGGCCUCCACCAGGUAGUGCAAGCAAUUAUGCAAAGUGACUAUGCCAAUGCAUUGGGAAUUCAUGGACAACUUGUUGCUAAUGCUAAUUUCAGUGAAAUAAGUGGGUUUAUGCCCAGUCUGAAAGUCCUUCUGCAGACAUCCUCACAACUGAAUGUAUUCUUGCAAUAGAACUGUUAAUAGGGUUUUUUUUAUAUUUAAAAUAUAUCUCUCAAGUCAUGAAAAUUGUAUAAUUAUUAUGCUAUAUAUAAAGAAUUAUGUUUGGAAGAAAAAGGUUUUUCAAUUAUGUGUUGUGUUAUUUCCUUUUUUUUAAUUUUGUAACUUAUUGUAAUACUUCUGAUGAAAUUGUCAUUAUACAUUAUAGAAAAUGUAACACUCUAAAACGUAAAAAAAAUAAUGAAAGCUAGUUAACGAUGUAAGAUUUGAAAAUCUGGCAAUUAUUUACAAAGGAUGGGUACACUCUCAAAAUAUCAUGGUUUAUAUAUAUAUAUAUAUAUACUUAUUUUAAAAAUAUAAAAAAAAUCGGAUUUAAAAUGCUAUAGGUAAAAAAUACUUUAUGUUAAAAAGAUUGAAAAGAUAGAAAUAACCGUGUUAUUUGCAACAAAAAAAAUCAUCCCUUUUCAAUAAGUACUUUUAUGUUAUAAGUAUUAAAGAAACUGAUUUAAAUUUUCUCUUUGUUCUUAGUUUGUGCUUUGGUUCAUUGCGCUCAAAGUACUAGUGUAAUUUUUUUAAUUGAAACACUGCAAUAUAUCUGUUAUAAAAUCUUGAAAUGCUUUGUAAAUUCUUAAAGUAAAAAUCAUCUCAUCCA